AAACAAGAUAUUUGUGUAGGACUUAGAUUCUUUCUCAUAUAGAGAAAUAUUGUGAAAAUUAUCAAGCUACCAUUUUCUUUGAAGGUAUCUGGAAUAUUAAUUCCAAGCCUAGAAGAUUUUUGAAGAUGAUACUUUCAUUCAUCUCCUUUGCUGGAAGCUGCCGGUCAGCUGUGCAUGGCUUCUCACACAGGAGUGGCAGGGCUCAGCCUCCUCUACCCACAGUAGUACCAUCAUAAGUCAGCAGGCCUGAGUUACAUCUCAGGGUCUGUGACUGAGUAAUUAUCUAUGUUGCAACACACGUCAUUUCAAUGUUUUCUUUCUUAGUCUCUUCAUAUUUAAAUGGUUUAUAUAUGGUCCUGGCUCAAACUCAGACUACAAAGGCAGAUGAAAAUGACAGGGAAAAUUUUAUCUAAAUAGUUCAAAGCUUUCCCAAGGUUACGGUAAAUCUUUGACUCUAAUACAUUUGAAGCAAGCAAUUGUUACUGAAAUAUAAAGCAUUUUUUGGAAAUCAUCGAGGCAUCCACCCUAAUCCAACUCUAACCCUCUAACUCUAACUCCUUAAACCAAAGCCCUAUCUUUCUAACUCUAACCUAAUCCUGCUAACCCCAACCUGACACCUCAGCCCUAACCCCCUAACUCUGGCCCAAGCCUCAUCCUCGCCCAACCCUAAACAUCAAACUUUUUAAACAGAGGGCCAAUUCACUGUCCCUCAGACCGCUGGAGGGCCGGACUAUAGUUUUUUAAAAAAAACUAUGAACAAAUUCCUAUGCACACUGCACAUAUCUUAUUUUGAAGUAAAAAACAAAACGGGAACAAAUACAAUUCACACCGCUUCAUGUGGCCCGCGGGCCGCAGUUUGAGGACGCCUGCCUAAACCAGACCCUAGCUCCUACCCUACCUAUUCACACUCAUCUAAUCUCAAUCCUAACCCGUACCCUAACCCUUACACCUGACUUGGACCGUAACUCUAGCCUCCAUCCUCUAACCCUAACCCGUAGUCCUCGCCCCACCCCUACGUAGCCCUAACCCUCUAACCGUAAGCCUGACCCUGAUCUUAACCAGACCGUCAGGGAUCCGCCCUCCCGAAUGGCUCAGCGUCCCUGCGGCGGCUAGGGCACAGCACCCCGGAAGACGCCGAGGCCCGGAUGCAGCCCGCUCCGCCCGGUCCUGGAGGCGCGGCUGCCUCCCGCACCCCGCAAGACAUGUGCGCAGAUCCCGGUCUACCCUCCCGGGCGCCCAGCAGCCUGGCGUCUCCCACUCCUCGCUCCUCCGCCAGCGGCACCCCCUGCCAGGCGCCCCAAGUCCGGGAACUAAACCGUGGCCCGACUGAGGACCGAGACCCGAUCGGCCAGUAGAAGCGCGGCUCGCAAGUAGCGGUGCAAGGAGCGAGCCCACGCCGGGAGAUUUUUUUUUUGUCCCGCCUCCUCACUCAUCCUCCAAUCGCUUCUCUCGAUGCCCGCCCGCCCCUGGGAUUCGUUUCCGGUUCCGCCUCUUGCCUUCCGGUCUGGUGGACUUCCGCGUUCCGGCUUGGCAGUGGGGGGGACUUCCGGUGGUGGCCAGAGGACUGGACGUCGCAUGGCUUCGCAGGCCUCGCUGGUGGAGCUGGGCUUCGCCGAAGAAGCGCCGGCGUGGCGGCUGCGUAGCGACCAGUUUCCCAGCAAGGUGGGCGGGCGGCCGGCGUGGCUGGGCGAGGCCGGGCUGCCGGGGCCCGGGGCCCUGGCCUGCGCGCUGUGCGGGCGCCCGCUCGCCUUUCUGUUGCAGGUGUACGCACCGCUUCCCAGUCGCACCGAUGCCUUCCACCGCAGCCUCUUCCUCUUCUGCUGCCGCGAGCCGCCGUGCUGCGCCGGCCUGCGAGUUUUUAGGAAUCAGCUACCCAGGAAAAAUGACUUUUACUCUUAUGAGCCACCUUCUGAGAAUCCUCCUCCAGAAACAGGAACAUCUUUGUGUCUCCAGCUUAAGUCUGGUGCUCAUCUCUGCAGGGUUUGUGGCUGUUUAGGCCCCAAAACUUGCUCCCGAUGCCAUAAGGUGCAUUACUGUGGUAAGGUGCAUCAAGCUCUGGACUGGAGGUCAGGACAUAAGCAGGCAUGUUCACAGCCAGAUUUUUUGAAUCAUGGAAUUCCAGACCACAAUUUUCUUUUUCCAGAAUUUGAAAUUAUAAUAGAAACAGAAGAUGACAUUACGCCUGAAGUUAUGGGAGAGGAAGAUGCUACAGAGAUUGUGGGGAGCAUGGGCGAAACACUUGAGGAAGAACUAGAUUCCAUGGCGAAACAUGAAUCCAGGGAAGAUAAAAUUUUCCAGAAGUUUAAAACUCAUACAGCCCUUGAUCCAGAACAGAUUCUCAGAUAUGGCAGAGGUCUUGCCCCCAUCUGGAUUUCUGGUGAAAACAUCCCUGAAGAAAAGGAUAUUCCAUAUUGCCCCUGUGGUGCCAAGAGAAUAUUUGAAUUCCAGGUCAUGCCUCAGCUGCUGAACUACUUGAAGGUGGAUAGGCUGGGCACAAGUGUGGACUGGGGUGUUCUGGCUGUCUUCACCUGUGCUGAGAGCUGUAGCUUGGGUACUGGCUAUACAGAGGAAUUUGUUUGGAAGCAAGAUGUAACAGACACACCUUAAAGGCAUCUUAAAGCUUUAAAAAAUGUUAAUGAUCUCUUAUACCUUACAAUUCCACUUCUAGGACUUUAUCCUAAGUAAAUUAACUGUACCAGAAAUAGAGGUACAGAGAUGU